GAGGAAAAAAGGAUAACUCGAUAAUUCGGAGACUAGAAAAAACUAAGACUGAGAUUAUUGCGCCUGACCUUGCUGGUGAGAAACUUGCUAUGGAAAAGGAAAAACGGAGGCUGGCAAGAGAAGCGGCGAAUGCGAAAAAACAAGAAGAACUUCGUUUAGAACAAGAACGCCGUGAGAAGGCAGUCAAGAAUUCUUAUGAUUCAAUCUUUGUUGAGUCUAAUAUGCGUAGUAAUUAUCAAAAUGCGGGUGAUGGCGAAGAGAUUGAUUUAGAAGAAGACUUCAUGUAG